CAUUGGAAACUUGGUUCAAACCUAAUUGUGCUCAGAAGAGCAAAACUAAUGACAGCGCAUUCAACGGAAUAGGCGUGGUUUGGGCUGGUUGACACGGAGUUCGUAUCCACCAGGCGCUUUAGUGACCCUCUCCUCACAUUCGUAAUUGCUUCAAAUUAGUUCUUAAGGAUAACCAAUCACAGGACACUCAGUGCAACAAUGUGCAAGGCUUUUGGGUACAAACAUUAGACUUACAAAAAAAAAAAAAAAAAGAAGAUCGCUGGCAAAAUUACGCGCCAAACGAAGUGAUUUCUGCGGCUGACAGAUAUGACGAGUGCAUGAAGCGACAACGCGAUGAAAACGCAAAACCUUCGGACGAUACUGUUAACGAUAUGUUGUGUAUCUUAUCUCUUGGUCGGCGCGGCAAUUUUCAGCGCUUUAGAAUACAACGAAGACCAAGAGAUGCGAAAGAAUAUGACAAUUCUUCACAAUACAUUAACAAAGAAAUACAACAUCAGCGACGAAGACAUCAAGAAAUGGCUCCAAUAUCUCGAUAGCAAAGCAAACAUCGACGCGGAUUUAUAUCAAUGGAGUUUCGCCGGCUCAGUUUAUUUCGCCACCACUGUAAUAACAACGAUAGGUUAUGGACACACGGUGCCUAAGACGGACCGGGGAAAAAUAUUUUGUAUGAUUUAUGCAGCGGUGGGAAUUCCUCUCGCGCUGACGAUGUUUCAGUCAAUUGGCGAGCGUUUGAACACGUUUUUAGCGCAUAUGUUUCGACGAGUGAAGAAAAAGCUGGGUAUGAAGAACACUGAGGUUUCAAAUACAGCGAAUAUGGUAGUUUUAUUUGGUUUGUUCGCAAUGAUGGUGACCGUUUCCCUUGGAGCAUUUAUAUUCCGUUACUACGAGAAAUGGACAUAUUUUAAAUCGCUUUACUAUUGUUUUAUAACUGUAACAACAAUAGGGUUCGGCGACUAUGUUGCUCUCCAAGACAGCCGAGAGACGCGCUUUGAUCAUACAUACGUGGGUAUCUCCCUUCUUUUCAUUUUCUUUGGGCUGACAAUUGUAGGAUCCGUAAUGAAUCAGUUGGCAUUGAGGCUGUUGACGGCAAGUCAAACUAAAGAAACAGACCAACUUAUGGUGGAAGGGCCGUGUUUGUGCGAUAAGUGCAGUCGCCGGGAAUCUAUCGACAUUUUUAAUCUCUAUCCGAGCGACUUAUCGACCACACUACUAAAAAACUUCGAGGAAGAAAUCGCUUUUACAACGUACAAAGGCCUUCAUAGGAAACGCGCCUCAAUUUAACUAAAAUCUUCGUGUGUUUCAUCCCACACAAGCGGUAACUUUAAAUCAAGCCGCUCGUUUUAUUAAUCAAACUGGUAAGAAAAACUUUCAUGAUAUAGAAUAUUUUUCGACUAUGUAAAUUAUAGAACUCAUUUCUUAGUUUGGUCUACGAAACACCGCUUGUUUUAUUAGUUAUCGAUUUGCGUCGCGGGCGAGUUAAAAUAGAAUAAGCGUUUGUUCACUGACAAGCUCGCUAGUUCGGCGUCGGAAAGCCAUGUUAGAGCCGUUUGCAAGAUAAACGAGUAUGGACGCCAAAACAGUGAAGAUUUUAAUUGGCUGUGUACUUUGUCGUUUAAAAUGCCUUUUUCGCAAAGUAGCUUUCUCUUAGCCUAAAACAUAGGCUAAUCAUUUGAAAGGCUAUGGCUUGCAAAGAUAAGGUUCUGAAUGAUUUUACAAAGUAAAAUUCAAUCAAACAAAGUGAUUCUGGUCGGUGAUAGCAAAAUCUACCACCUGUUACCGCGCCAUGAAAGUUUAAUUAAUCAAAUCAUUUGAAUGCGGCAGAUUUAUCAUAGCCAAAACGUAAAAUUUGUGUACAAGAACUCUAGCAAAAACUUUACGGUAAAAAUAACGGCUUUCUACGUUACCUCCAAUGAGCCUAGAUCGCGAAAUUGCGAUAGGGGGAGGUCAAAAAGGUUUUUAAAUAAAGUCAAAUUUGUCGAGAAACGCCCGAUGGUAACAAAAUCGAGAGUUCUUGAUGUGAAUAUUUUAUGACACGGGUUUUUCACAUAAAUCAGUUCUCCAACGAACAGAAAGGGAAUUUUGUAUCAAUUUGUACAAGGAAUGAAAUAUUUGCUGCUCCAAUUUCAUAACCAAAACCUUGAACUACUCGACGUGAUUCUACAUUUGCUAGUGUAUAUAUAAAAUUACCCUCCAAUCGAUGUUUGUAAAAUAUAUUUUUUAUAGUACACCAGAAAUAUGCUAGAGUGUUUUGACACUGUAAUCGAGAUGCAAAUAUUUCGUCCACGGAUGCGUUUCUUCAGUACGUAGCGAAUCUUCUAAAAUAAAUUGCACACAUGUAUUUAAAGCGAACUUUAGAGCGGAAAAAAGUGAAAUUAAAACUUUCUACAAAACAAA